AUGCCAUGUGAACUGCUGGUCCUUGACCUUCUUCUCCUCGGGUGCACAAAUGCCCAAUCACACUCUGCUUGUCCCACGCUAGGCUGUACGGCAUUCUCAAUACGUGGAUGCCUUGCCGUUGUGGCUUGCCAACGUUGGCCGCAGGAUCUCAGUGGCGUGCAAGCCGCUGAUGGUGGCGGCUUGAGAUAUUGUAUAUGGCACCGACAGAAGAGUACAGAUCAUAAUUGGAACAUAUAUACAUGCAAGUCUUCUCGGCUGUCACAGAUAGCUGGCACGAUGAGUCAAACUCGUCGAUCUGAUUACUUUGAUCUGUCUGACACGAUCAUUUGCGUCAGUUUCUAUCGCAUGUGCUCCUUAAGAGACGAACACCUACUCCUUGAAUCAUCAAUGAAGGCGUCUCACAUCGGAGCGACCGCAUUGAGUACUGUCUCUGAGGCUGCCAAGUCCUGUGCAGAGUUCUAG